AUGGAGGAUUACAUGAAGCGUGAGGAAGCCGAAGCAAAGAAGAAAACCGCCAAGUCGGUCGACUUGAAGAAGAAAGAGGAAGAAGAGCUCCAGCGCGUCCAGAAGGUCGUGGACGACUUGAACAAAAAGCACUACAGGGCUCCUGUAAAUGACGUUCAAUGCUCAAAGGAGCGAGAAGCAUGCCUGCAGUGCUACAGAGAAAGCGGGACAGACGUGCUGAAGUGCAAAGAUGUGUCCGACGCUUUCUUCCGAUGCGCCGAAGCCGCCACCACCGAGUACGUAAAGAAGUGA